AUGCUGCUGCCUCUGAUGCUGAUCUUCGCAGGUUUGGUGAACAGCUUCCGAGCCUACUUUCGCGGGGUGGAAGCUAUGCGGCGCCAGCUUGAGGAGUUUCGUUUGGCCGACGCCAUGUGCCACUGCUGCUCCAGGGGCCACGAAGAGCAACCGAAGAAGUGUGACCGCGACCUGCUGAGCGCUUGCGUGGGCAAAUGGUUCGGAUCCGUUGAGGAGUUCGAGGUCUCGGUUCGGACUCAGGUUGCCUCGACCUUGGACCAGCAGCUGGGAGCGCACGCCUUUCCGUACUGCUGGCUGCUGGCGGCUACGAGCCCCAUUUCUUGGAUGUAUAUGGGCUUGCUGAUGUUCAAUCCCGCGGAAGCUCCGAUCCCAUGGGAGAGAAUUGGGCACCUCCUGGUGCUGUUUUGCGGAUAUUGGCUCGGCUUCUUCCCCUUCAUGUUUGUGUGUGGGCUGGUCCUCACGCGCAAGCUGCGCACCAAGCACGGUCUGUGCAAAGACAUCCUCUUGAAUCUUGGAGUCGUCGUGUUGCUCCUGCCAUUGUACCUGCUCAGCCUCAGCCUGCACUUCCUUGUUUCAUCUUAUGGGGAAAACGACAUCCUGUGGGCCUUCGUGUUUGCUGGCCCUUGGCUGCUGGCAAGCGGCGUGGCAUGGCGUUGGUGGUUGAAACCACGCGCAUGA